AUGAAGAGGACACAUCUUCUUUAUGACCGCCUUUGGGCCUGGGUUCUUCUUAUGAGCACGCUAACUGGACAAAGCUAUGGACAAACUUCCUUACAAGAUGAAAUUAAGGACAACACAACAAUAUUCACCCGAAUUCUGGACCGCUUACUUGAUGGUUAUGAUAACCGCCUGAGACCAGGAUUAGGAGAGCGUGUAACUGCAGUGAAGACUGACAUCUUUGUCACCAGCUUUGGGCCUGUUUCAGAUCAUGAUAUGGAAUACACAAUAGAUGUAUUUUUCCGGCAAAGUUGGAGGGAUGAAAGACUGAAGUUCAAAGGACCCAUGCAAGUCCUCCGACUGAAUAAUUUAAUGGCCAGCAAAAUAUGGACACCUGAUACUUUUUUCCACAAUGGAAAGAAAUCAGUAGCUCACAACAUGACUAUGCCUAACAAACUCUUACGGAUUACAGAAGAUGGGACACUGCUCUAUACAAUGAGACUCACAGUGAGAGCAGAAUGUCCAAUGCAUUUAGAAGACUUUCCCAUGGAUGCACACGCUUGCCCUUUGAAGUUCGGCAGCUAUGCUUAUACAAAAUCAGAGGUGAUGUAUGAAUGGACACGGGAACCAGCACGGUCUGUUGUAGUAGCUGAAGAUGGAUCUCGGUUGAAUCAAUACGAUCUCAUGGGACAAACUGUAGCUUCUGGAAUUGUGCAAUCUAGUACAGGAGAAUAUGUUGUGAUGACUACCCACUUCCAUUUGAAAAGAAAAAUUGGUUACUUUGUUAUUCAAACAUACCUGCCGUGCAUUAUGACAGUGAUUCUAUCCCAGGUCUCUUUUUGGCUCAACAGAGAAUCUGUUCCAGCGAGAACUGUGUUUGGAGUGACAACUGUGCUAACAAUGACCACCUUGAGCAUCAGUGCACGGAAUUCCCUCCCAAAGGUGGCCUAUGCCACUGCUAUGGAUUGGUUCAUAGCUGUGUGUUAUGCAUUUGUUUUCUCAGCACUGAUUGAAUUUGCAACAGUGAACUACUUUACAAAGAGAGGUUAUGCAUGGGAUGGCAAGAGUGUUGUUCCUGAAAAGCCAAAGAAAGUAAAGGAUCCUCUCAUUAUGAAAAACAACUCAUUCACAGCACCAGCAACAGCAACCAGCUUCACCCCUAAUAUUGCAAGGGACCCUGGACUAGCUACCAUUGCUAAAAGUGCAACGAUAGAGCCAAAAGAAGUGAAAGCUGAAGCAAAACCUCCAGAACCCAAGAAAACCUUUAACAGUGUCAGCAAAAUUGACCGACUAUCAAGAAUAGCAUUCCCAUUGCUUUUUGGGAUUUUUAAUUUAGUGUAUUGGGCUACUUAUUUAAAUAGAGAGCCCCAGCUUAAAGACCAAACUUCUCCUCCUCACUAA